AUGGAAAGAAGCAAACGCGAACGUCAGAAUGAGUCGGUGUUGACCCCGUUUCUCACCAAACAUAUUGGUGACCUGGCCCAGCUUCCGGAAGAUACAUACCACAAAUACUGUUAUCGUCACAAUCCUGACGUCCACAGAAACAAAAUGUCCGAGGUCAGCAAGAUGGUCAAAAUUCAGCAAGAUCUCGAACAGCUUGCGCCCGAAGACCAACAGGCCAUAACUCAUGUGUGGUCAAUCUUCAGCGCUGCUCCAAAUCAGUAUCGCCGACUUAUUCUCCAGGGAAUCCUCAGCCAGUGCUGUUUCCCAACGUUGUCAUUUGUGUCAUCCGAGGUGAGUCUGCUUAUCCGUAUCGACUUCAUUGCCAACUUGCCGGUGGAAAUCUCCCUUAAAAUCUUGUGCUACUUGGACUGUGCAUCGCUUUGUAAUGCGGCACAAGUGUGUAAAAAGUGGAAGAGUCUCGCGGAUGAUGACCGUGUGUGGCACCACAUGUGUGAACAGCACAUCGACCGCAAAUGUCCCAGCUGUGGUUGGGGGUUGCCGUUGAUGCACAUGAAACGGGCCCGUGAAGAGUAUGACCAAUAUCAUAACAGAAAGAGAAAGAUCGAGGAAGUAGAUGAUGAUACCGAUAAGGAGAAGAAGAAGGAAGAAUCAGACAAGGAAAAUGUCGCUGUUAUCGACAAAGAAGUCAAGAAAAGGCCUUGGAAGUCGGUGUACUCUGAGAGAUACAAGGUGGAGAAAAACUGGAGAAAGGGCCUCUACGUGUGUCGAGAGUUUGUGGGCCACAAAGACGGGAUCACGUGCUUGCAGUUCAACGUCAAGUACUUGAUCACGGGGUCAUACGAUGCUACCAUCAAGAUCUGGGAUAUCCAGACGGGUGCGUGUCUAAGGACGUUGGCAGGCCAUACCAAGGGUAUACGGUCAUUGGUUUUUGACAACCAGAAAUUAAUCAGCUGUGGCUUAGACUCCACUAUCAAGGUAUGGAACUACCACACGGGCCAAUGUGUCAGCACGUACCGGGGUCAUGAGGACGCGGUAGUGUCGGUGGACUUUUCAGAUAAAACCAUCGUCAGCGGAUCCGCCGACAAUACUGUCAAAGUAUGGCAUGUCGACUCACGCACCUGUUAUACGCUCCGAGGCCAUACUGACUGGGUCAACUCGGUCAAAAUCCACUCGCAGUCUCACACAGCGUUCUCGGCCUCCGAUGAUACCACCGUCAAGAUGUGGGACUUGGAAACCCACAAAUGUCUCAAGACGUUUGGUGGGGUUGAGAGCAAUGGCCAUGUGGGGCAGGUGCAGUGUGUGAUACCCUUCACCUACAAAGACAAGUUGAUCAACGACGUGGAUCUCGGGAACAUCAGCGAUGUAGAUGAAGACAACGAUAACGAUAACGAGAUCAGUGAUGGAGGGUUUGUGGAGAUUGUGACAGACCCCAAUGAGAAGAAUUACCCCACGCACUUGCUCACGUCGUCUUUGGAUAACACCAUCAAGGUAUGGGAUGUGAAGACCGGUAAAUGUAUUCGGACGCAGUUUGGUCACAUCGAAGGGGUGUGGUCGAUUUCUGCUGAUACGUUUAGAAUCGUCAGUGGGGCACAUGAUCGGAUGAUUAAGGUGUGGGACUUGCAAGACGGUAAGUGUUUGCAUACCUGGUGUGGGGAUGCCAGCGUCAGUUGCGUGGGAUUGAGCGACUCGAAGUUUGCAGCUGGCUGUGACAACGGAGUGGUGAAGCUCUUUUGUUUUGAUUAGGUAAAAUAUGAAUCCCUUGGCAUAGGGAUGAUGUAUAUUAUGUUAAGUAUGUAAUAAUAGACAAGUGCAACAAAAGCUUAAAACGGGCAGUGAUCGUGUGAUGAUACAAAAUAACCUUUUUAGGCCAAACGAAUCAUCUGAAAAGUACCUAAUACAUCAUGUAUUCUAUCAUCAAACGCUAAAAACAAACUAGGUGCCGAGUAACGAAGACACCGUAAAGGUCAGCGAACUAAAUUCACUUGACCCAUCAAGCCCACCAGCAGGCUCAGAGGCCGAAUUAGAACCCGAGCUUGAACUCGAACUAGGGUUUCCAGAUUCCUUUUGAUUGGAACCGGAACUUGACUUUUGGGGCUGUGACCCACCCGGAGUGAAAAAACAAUAGUUAUCAAUAAGCUGUUGAUAAGAUGGAGAAUUGUAAUUAUCGUUAUCGGUGAACAAACUGGCGUUCAACGAUUUCAAGUCCAAAGGGUUGGAAUCGUGGGGAUUCAAAAAGUUUUUGUUAGGGAUCAACGUAUCGGUCGAGGUGUUCGACUUCAGGGGGUUCAACACGUCACUACUAAAGGACCCGGAGCUAUAGUUUGAAAGCAAAGGUGACGACAAAUAAAAGUUAUUCUUCACGUAGUCAGCGUCGGACUCGAGGGUCGAGAGCUUGGAGUCGGACGACCGCCGCCGCAAGUACGACGACGAGUACCGCGGCUUGAAGCCCUUGGAGUUGAGCAGCGUCAAGCUGUCUGCCGACCCGGUCCGGUUAAACACCGAGUUAUCGCUGAAGUUAGUUCUGGCAACGGGGCUAUUAGCCUGGGUUAUUAUCUUGGUCAAGUUGAUCUCAUAGUCACGCAUCAGGUUGUUAUCCCAGUAGUUUGUGUUGUUAGCAACGUACUUGAUGCAAAACUUAUAGUUGUUCUUCUGGAAGUGCAUGUUUGCCCCGAAAUUAUUGAACAUUUUGUUCAACUGGACCUUAAACACAAACCGAUCAUACCCAUUGGACCGGAGCACCGUGGGGAUGUCGGGCACGUAGAUAGUGGGAAUCUCGAUAAUGGUCCCCCAGUUGUCGAAGGUGUACCGCAUCGUGACACUUUUUUCAAACGAAAGGUUCUUGACCGCCACAUGUCCCAACAAAUAUUUCUUAUCGAUGGAGAUGAACACCCGCUCCAAGAACACCGGCACGUGCCUCGAUAUGUUAGUAUCGUAGUCCAUGGGGGAGAAGUUGACGAGAUCCAAGUUCCAGUCGAUCAAAUGCAGAUG